UCUAAGACCGUGACUCACGGAUUGAAGACAUUGCUGCAAAAUUUCCCCAUUAUUAAUGCGCUCCUGCAAAUUCACCAUUUUCUCUCUCUCUCUCUCUCUCUCUUCGACGAACUGCAAAAGCAAGGGAAACAAAUUCUCAUCUCCAUUGCCGCUUCCAUUCUAUCAACUAAGAUUCUGCGUUUGGAGCUACAUUUCAGAGCACAGAGGAAGAUUAGUGCUCUUGAACAUGGUUCUUGAGAGCAUUCUAUCUUCUCCUCAUAGGAGGCACCCACCAUUUAGAAAACAGUUUCCUGCAAAUGAGUUGGGCAGUUGGUCCACUCUCUUCAAUCGACAUCGCUUCCUCUUAACCGCACUGGCACUCUUGACUUUACUUUGCACAAUCUAUCUUUACUUUGCUAUCACAUUAGGGGCUGCUGUGUCGUCUUGUUCGGGUUUGACUGGAGCUCAAAAGGAGUUGUGUCGUCUGGAGCAUGCUGAAGCUUCUCUGGGUAAAGGCAAAUUCAAAUUUCUAUGAUACAUAGGGACCUCAAGGUACAAAACCUUCUCAUGUAUUGGUUCUUCUCUUUGGUGGGAUCUGUAUUUAUAAACAAUUGAAGAUUGCCAUAGGCCAAAAGUUCAUUCAUCCAUUUUGAUUCACAUAUAUAUAUAGCAUAUAAGAUGUAGCAGAAUGUCAUGAACAUUGCUUCCUUGCAUUAAUUUGAUAUUUUUGUUCGUUUCUUCUUUUUGAUGAUGGGUUUGUAAUUAAAAGUUCAAUCAGAAUGUUCAUAUUAUUGUCA